AUGUCAACAGUGUCUUCAAGCCUUUCUUCAGUUAUCACAGGUCAAGGCAACUUUGGGCAUUUCCGUAUCAAUCAAUUUGUCGAUACCAAUCCAGUUAAUGCGACCGAGCUCCAUUCUAAAAUACAGACGCCCAACGCGAAUCAAGUUAGUAAAAUCACUCUCGACAUUACAUCCACCACCAAUAAUUCGAUGGCACAAUCAUCGCGCCCUACCUCAGGUCAGAAUACUACCGAGAUCACUCCAACAGUUGCACCGGCGAAAACUCUCCAGAAAGAUCAAUCAGCAUCAUCGCCUCGAGGUGGCUUUGGCGCGUUGGAGCUGGUGGAAUUGAAUUCGAACCCCAUACUCGACGGGGUUUUAGGUCCAAACAAGGACGGGAGAGUUCGUAAUCCGGUCCCCUCUAAGCUGAAAGGCAAGACCGAUAAUAAAAAGGGCAAUUUUGGGGUGAUGCACAUGGCGGCCAGUACGCCAGGAAAGAAAGAGGCACCGGGGAAAGAUGCCGCAGCUGAACGUGAUGCUGCCGCCAGAAGAACGAGUGAAAACACGGCCUCGCGUGCGAAAGCUGCUGCGAAUGAAAAAUAUGCUCCUCCGAAGAAGAGAGGACUCGACGCGGCGAAAAAUGAAGGUGGGAAUCGCGCAUCUCCGUUUGGUUCACGAGAUGAUCACAAACAACGUGCGAGGCCGCUAACUCCGGAUGAGACGAAAUAUGAACAAGCGCGAUUAUUGACAUUAUUGAGAAGCAUCAAUCCAGUCACGGUCGUCGAUCAGGUUUGUAAAGCAGUGGCAUAUUUUGGUGGUAUACCUGGUGCACCGCCACCAGAAGAUGGUAUCUUUCCUGAAAGUGCGAAUACAAGAGAGACUGGGGCAUUGUUUAUAGGAUGGUUGGCAGAAAUAUUUCCCGAUCUUUCAUCAGCACCAGAACCUCCAGCACCGAAGAUGCAGGAACCACUUUCUGCCAAAGGGAAAAGAGGUCGUGGAAGACCACCGAGAGAUUCGAAAGGUUCAGAGAAUGGUACAUCUGAUCCUCCAGGACCAGCAAACGGAUUUGGAUUUGGUCCAGCUGUUCAAGCCCCAACUUGGGGAUUGCCUCAAUCUGUAGCUUUAGUUAAUACUGCACCCCCGAUGGCGGCUCCACCAAUACCUGCUGCUGCAGCAGUUCCAUCGGCUUCAACAGCAAGUCCUAACUUGAGUCGUCCUGUUCAGACCGAGUCAGAGCGACCCGCCACUCCCCUCAAACAACACAUUGAUAAUCUUGCUCCUGAUACUGAAUCUACAAGCAAACGAAGGAGAGGUAGACCCAAAGGAUCUAGAAAUAAGGGAAAAGAAGUACAAACUGGAAGUGAAAGCGCGGGAGGAAUGAGUAGUGUUGAUGCUUCCACAUCAGAACCAGGACCGUCAGAACAACACAUUCAACAGCCUGCCGCGGUUGCAAACAUGACGGCUGAGAAACCCAACACUGCGAAGGGAUCCCCAAUUGUCCCAAUCACGGACAUAAGCAACAAGGGUGGUCAGCCACAACUCACAUACUCGACAGAGCAUUGGAACGCAGACUCGAGCGCCGGCCAUACCUCUUCUAUUCUCCCGCCGGAUCAAUAUAGUCCGGAAGAACGUGCCGUCAUCGAAGCGUUUCAGAACGAGCAAGCACCUGGUGGAGGUUCUGAUAGUUUCAAUUCGACUCAACCGACACCGGUAAACAAUGGCACUCCUACGGCUGGUGGUAUGAAGAGAAAACGUGGUCCUAAUAAGCCUAAGAACCCUUCGAUGACGGCAUCUCAAAAUAUUUCAGGAUCACAACCACAAACUAGUCAUACAUCUAAGAAUAUUAGUCCUCUUCCUGCGCCAGCUGAAAGCCCCCUUGUGCAAAAAGAUACUUCUAGUGUACAGUGGGAAUCUGUACCUCCUAUGGUUGAAACUCUUGUUCCGCCACCUCCGAAACGACAACGAAAGCCAAAGGUUCCUGGAGCUAAUGGUCCUGUUACCGGUAAGAAGACUGGUUCAUCGGUCGUCAGUAAUGCUACACCUCCUAUACCGCCAAGCUCUAUUCCAGAUUCCCCAGCCACUUCAGUACAAGGCAUACAACAAAACAUCCAACAAUCACAACAGGGCACACCUGUAACUCGACCUGCUGAUGGAUUGGAAGCUCAUUAUGCUCGCUUUCAAGAUCUUGGACAACAGAAUGGACGAAGUAUUACUCCAACAAUCACUCCCCAGAUGGCCAACAGCUACCGAGCAGGUACCAUGAGCCAAGCCUCACCACAAUUUACACAUGCAGAAAAUGCCUACCGAACUGCUAGUCCUCAUAACAUAGCUCAACCAUCACCCUCUUUCUCUCAAGCCGAUACUUCAUACCGAACUUCAUCGUCUCUAGCAAAUCCCUCGCCAACUUAUUCACAACCUGAAGCAUCUUACAAUCCUCGCACACCUUCUAUUUCUACCACAACUCCAUCCUACUCUCAACCUGACUAUAAAUCCUCAGCUCUAAAUCAAACAUCCUCUUAUGCUCGUUCUACCCCAACAACACAUCAACAACAAUCCUAUAAUCAAUUCGCGGACGCUUCCUACAUUGAUUUACCUACUCUUGACCUUCCUACUUUAGGCCAUACAUCCGCAUCUCCCUACGGUCAAACAAAUAUGAAUAAUCUAGGUGGUAGUUCGAGAAGUAAUGCAAAUACAAAUAGUAUUUAUGGGACGAGUUCUGGAUUAGGAAAUGCGUUUGAUGGAGGUGCAAAUGAUUUGUUAAGAGUUAAUAGAGCAGGAAGUGGAAGUUAUGGGGCUGCUGGUAGUGCUGGACCUUUUGAUGGUGGUGAAGAAAUGAGACAGAGGUUGAUGAAAGGAAUGUUGGGGAGAGAACGCUGA